AGGCAGCGGAGGGUAUAUAUGAGGGUGCUGCAGCAGGGGUCAGCACCACUUGAGGAGUUCCACGUUUGAAGUCAGCAUGUCGAAGGCUGUGUUCGCCGUGCUUUGCCUGUGUGUGUUGGUGGCCGCAGCUAUGGCUAAUCCCAUGCCUGACCCAAGCCGGGGACGCGGGGGCGGCCAUACCGGCUACGGGAGCUAUGGCGGCCAGUCCUACGGCGGGGGACAUCCCGGGGGCAGUUACGGAGGGUACGGCAGCGGUUAUGGAAGUCAAGGCAGCGGUUAUGGAAGUCAAGGCAGCGGUUAUGGGAGUCAAGGCAGCGGGUACGGCAGCGGUUAUGGGAGUCAAGGCAGCGGGUACGGCAGCGGUUAUGGGAGUCAAGGCAGCGGGUACGGCAGCGGUUAUGGGAGUCAAGGCAGCGGGUACGGCAGCGGUUAUGGAAGUCAAGGCAGCGGGUACGGCAGCGGUUAUGGGAGUCAAGGCAGCGGUUACGGCAGCGGUUACGGCAGCGGUUAUGGGAGUCAUGGCGGCAGCGGUUACGGCAGCGGUUAUGGGAGUCAUGGCGGCAGCGGCUACGGAAGCUAUGGCGGUUAUAGAGGAAGUGGCGGGUCCGGUGGUUAUGGCCGUGGAUAUUACGGGUACUGAGGUUUAAGUGUACACAAACCGGAUUAAAGAGAAUAUGUAUAUAAUACGCUAAUAAAUCUUGUGAACUA